GACAAACCAGCUGACUCAUCUCACCUCAUCUCCAGCCCCUCCUGCUUCAGUCCACUGCGGCUAUUAUGCACCGCGAAGGUCACAUGGACGACGGCCUGAAUUUAUCCAUAUCUUAGCACGAAGAAUCACGGACGGCACGUGUCACCUGAAGCACAGUCUUUCUCUUUAAUAGAUUUAUUAGCAAUAUCAGAUUUACACUCAAAAUAAGAACUCAAAAUUGAUGAGCACUUGUUUAAUAUGGAAGUCUGUUAAUUAGGUCAAGGGGCCUUGAUACUCUCAGCAAAAAAGUGACGGCUUCCACAGUAGACUUCCCUAUACAGCCCGUGAGUCUUAAGUCUGCAGGACCUGAUCGGUUAUUUCCACCCACCAGAGGAGCACUUAGAGCAUGAGACAAACGGAACAGAUUACGAACUCUGAAGAACCAGCAGGAUCUCUUCCAGGAAGAGGUUAGAGAUGACAAUAAGGAACAGCACCCGUGUCUGGUGGAGUUCUCCAAGCUGUCUGAACAAGAACGCAGUUACAAUUUACAGAUGUCACUUGAGACCCUGAAUCCACCCUGCCGCCCGUCCCCGCUUGGCCCGCCAGGCCCCGAUCAGUUCCACUCGGACCCACUCGCCACAUUCCCAGCAGCAGGACCCCCAGCCCCAGGGUCCGCGCUUCUGGCGGGAGGAGGAGGGGCGCGGACUCACGCGCGGAUGCGCCUGCGCAGACGCCGGAACUGCCCCGAGCUUGGGGAAGCUGGGCGCUCCUGCAGCGGCUCCCGAGGAAGAAGGCAGUCUGGGGACUGGGCUGCCGCCUGUAGUCACCUCCGCUGCGCCGCCGGGCAGGAGGAUGCAGUGAGGUCAGGGGACAGCAUGAGCGGUGGGCAAGGACUUUCUGAGGACCUGGCUGUAGCCCAGGUAGGUAACGUCUGCAGUAUCCUGCGGCAGUUCUGGAAAACAGCUGAAGCGUCGUCACAACAGUCAGCCAGGGAUGCUGCCGGACAGCUGGUCGCGGAUGGUGAAGAGCCUAAACAUAUCGUCGUCUGUGAACCAGGCUUCUCAUCUCAUUGCCGGCAGCGCGCCCAGCUGGCUGUCCUCCGGCUCGCAAGGAAAGGUGGAAAUUCCCUAAAUAACCUAAUUGAAUUAAAGACAGUCAACAUUAACCCCGCCGACACCACAGCGUCCCUCCUGAACGACUGCACAGAGGGAGACCCCACUCAUGUGGCUGCAUCAACCCUGCCUAGGAUUUCCAGCACUUAAGAAAAGGGGCUCUGACUUUCUGCACAUUCCGUGUCUCACACGUCCUGCUGUCAAGCACAAUGAUGUAAAGAUACUUAACGCCACUGAACUGCGCUCGUAAAAAUGGUUAUAUGGUGGCUGAUAAUGUUGUUGGAGCUCUGUCACCGACUUGGAGAACAUAACCACAGACUCACAGAGUGGCCGCCUGUCCUCCCAGCCUGUGAUGGUGGAGAGCAGCCAUCCCUGCACAGACACUUCCUCCAGUGGCACAG